AUGAUAGCAGGAGAACUCGGCUACAGAAAUCUCAGCCGGUGCUGCCCAGUUCGCCAGCUCGCGAUCCAAGGAAUAGGGUUGUGGGCCUUGAAACCAAAGGAUCAGCUAGUUGGCGUCCUUGAGAACACCCAGAUCCUUCGUAACGGUCACUCGGACGACGAAGUUAUGCGGCCGUUGGUGGAUUCAAGGAAGCGCUGGGAAGAGACAAAGAAGCAUGUGGCGAGCUUCGAUGGCCUCAAGAAGGCAGUCACGAUAGGUAGCGAAUCUAACCCAUGUGUCACGGGUCUGCGCUCAGUCUGCUGGAAGACAUUUUUGCUCUUUCAGGGCACUGAUGUCACGAAAUGGUCACGAGCUCUCGCUGAUUCGAGAAGUGCAUAUUCGUCGUUAAGAGAACAUUUGUUGCGGUACAUAGACAACCCAGAUGAGGUUGGUUCGGCGCUGGAUCCUCUUGAUGAUGACAAGAACUCACCGUGGAAUACCAUGCGACAGGAUGAGGAAAUCCGAGCAGAAAUAUACCAAGAUGUGGAAAGAUGUAUGCCCGAAGAGGAAUACUUCCGUCAACCAGCAACACAGCAUAUCCUAUUGGAUAUACUAUUUGUCUUUUGCAAGAUUAACCAAGACAUUGGUUAUAGACAGGGCAUGCAUGAAGUUCUGGCUCCCAUUCUAUGGGUAGUUGAGCAAGACGCCCUUGAUAUGACAAGUUUCCAGAAAGCUGCUGGGAACCAAGAAGAUGAAAUACUAAAAGACUUGCUGAAUCCUUCAUAUAUUGAACAUGAUGCCUUCACUUUACUCUCCCUGAUCAUGCGAUCAGCGAAGUCAUUCUACGAGCUUGGUGAGCCAGAACGUAAAAUGGUAGUCUCCUCAGAUAUCCCCGGCUCGCCCCAGCAGCGGGCUUCACCUAUUGUGGAAAGAAGUAAGCGAAUUCAUGAGUAUUACCUUGCUCGGCUGGAUCCAGAGCUUGCAACACACUUGACGAAGAUAGAGAUUCUUCCUCAGAUAUUCAUCAUCCGAUGGAUUCGCCUCCUAUUUGGACGAGAGUUCCCUUUCACCGAUUUGUUAGCACUAUGGGAUACCCUAUUCGCGGAAGAUCCAGAUUUAGAAUUAAUAGAUAUGGUUUGUGUUGCGAUGUUACUCAGGAUACGAUGGCAGUUGGUAGAAGCAAACUACUCCAUGGCUCUUAUGCUGUUGUUAAAGUACCCAGCUCCUACUCAACCCCACGGACCUCAGACUUUUGUAGACGAUGCUAUUUAUCUUCGAAAUAAUUUCAGUGCUGCUGGCGGUGCGAAAAUUAUUAGCCAGUACGGAGCUGAGCCUCCACUAGUUCCUUCACCCGACUCACGCCCAAAUACCCCUUUGGCAUUGCCUAUGUCCCCAAGGCCAAGAUUUUCACGACAGAAAUCUCCACUUCCGUCGCCUGUGAGAUUUCUACAGCAGCAAGGUGGCGUCGAGGGUCUUUUCCGCGGUGCAGCCAAGGGUGUGCUAGAACGUGGGGAACGUCUAGGUAUCAAUCAAGCUGUGAGAGAUGCAGUAGGAGAAGUGAGGCAAAAUAUGCAGGGCUUACAGGUAUCUCGAGCCAAUUCCACGAGGCAGGAAGGUGGGAGAUGGUCCCUGGAUGAAGGCAAAUCGCUUCCUUCAUCAAAAGCUUCCAUAUCAGCUAUGAAUACGAGAAACAAACAGCUAGCUCGUAUGCUUGAUCAAGCUAUGGCAGAAUUGAGAACAGCCUCUAUCGCGAAAGAAGUCGACAAAGAUAAGUGUGUCGAGGCAAUGGAUAUUGCAAUCGCCAAGGUCGAUUUUGUCAAGAUCUACUUGGAAGAUGCAACUAUGCCUCUACCUCCCGAUUCUCCCCUACUCCAACCCUCAAGUCCAAAUCUUGAGACUGAGCAGCCCCAACUGCCACUUCCAGCACCACCACUAGUUACGCCGGCAUCUGACACCGCGAAGUCAGCAAAGCCAAGCACAUCCACAUCUGAAAGACAAAGUUCGAGCAACUCCUCGAUGUCGCAAAUAGACACGGUCUCUCCUCUUAGAACGGAGGGCGGAGCGAUUGGCAAAUCAAAAGAAAACACGAAAUCUGAGGACUCGAUUCAAUCCAGAGAAAAAUCUGCUACACAGGCUGGUCUGCUGGCAGCACGGCCCAAAGCGAUGCCUACACGGUCAACUAUUGCACAAUCUUCUUUCAGUUGGAUGCUAGAGCCAGAACCCCAUCUAGACAUGCCGUCCAAGUCGUCUCCGCCAAAAGCUACGACCCCAUUUCAAAAGACUGGGCGCAAGCCUACUUCAGGACCGAACCGGGAGAAGGCGGCAUUUUUAUUUGGUGAGGAAGGCGGAGAGUCUAGUAUGACAAAAUCCAGACUCCCAUUUUCCAACGAUGAUGAGGAAGGAUUUCAUCUAGGUACAAUUGGAAAUAGCGAUAGCGUUAGAUAA